AUGGUUAAUGAGAUUAGCAGUCCGUCUUAGCCUGCGUCAGUGCAAAGGGGUCAAUCACAGGAUUAGCACCUUGCUUAGGAGUUACAUCAGUUUAUUAUACUUUUUCUUUUAUUGCUUUGACUUUCCCGCUCCGGCCCUCCAAAGCAUGUGCAGCGCCGACAACUGCGCUUUAUUAGCAGAUGGGGUGUUUCGCUCUGCAACAUGCUGCCUCGGGACUGAGCGCGUCCAGGCGGGCCGGCGCUGAAUGAAGCAUCUUCCAGGGAGACAAGAGGAGCAGGGCAAGCCAGAGAAGUGAAGGGCAGUGGGGCCGGGAUCUCGCCUGCUGUGGCAGAGUCUGAGACUCUGCGCAAGUCACCCUCAUGCCACUGGUAAAUAACAAAGUUGGCGAUGAUUGCACGGCGAGCGGCGACAAGGCUUUGGCCGACGGAAGGGCUUUGGUGGAUUCUUUGAUAAAGGUUGUGGCUUGUUACCGGCAUUUAGCCUCGUGUGUCGGCGGGUGCACGGACAGCCUGCAGCUCCGCGAUGAGCUGCGACAAACGAGAGAAAGGGCCCAAAAGUUGGCCGGGGACAUCUGCCAUCACCUGACGUCUCACCUCCGGGACAAGAGCCUGCCCGAGGAACAGCGAAAGGAGAUGGAGCUCCUCUGGGUGGCCUUCUCCUCCUGUCUGGAGCUCCUUCACGUCGACAUGUGCAAAGUUUUGAACAUGAGCGGCAUUUUCUCUCUGGCUGACUCUGCGACGCUCGUGCACACCGGCCAAGAAGGAGGAUGCAGUGAGGUUGCAGCCCGGGCCCUCAGUUUGCCGGACCUGAACGAAGCUCAGGCAAAAACACUCCCUGCCAGCCUGGAGAGCCAAGAACGCAGCACCAUGGAGCUGGAGGUCAAUCAAAUCGACCGUAUGAUUGACGACAUGGAGAUGAAAGUCAACGUGCUGCGCUGGAUGGUGGAGCCCCACGGGCCACAGUACGCAGACCCGCUCAGCAGCACUGACAGCGCCUCUAUGGCUCUGAUUUCCGUAGACGAGGAGCAGCAGGCCCCCAGAUCUCAGCCUCUAUGCCCACGGAGCCACAUAUUUGUGCUCUUACUGCUGUUUGGUGUUUUUUUGGUAGCAGCCACUUUAUCUGUCUGUGUUUUCCUUUUCUCAUGAGCGAAACCUUAAUGAAUUCAACUUGUUGCUCUUUUUCUGCAAAACCAACAUGCUCGGUCCGACUCUAAAAUGGAAAGGUUUGCAUGUGCAGUAGUUUUGCCAUCACAUUCAUUACUGAUUUUUAAAAAGCAACAAAAUUACUCAUUAGCUGAUUUGUCUAACCCCCAUCUGGAUACAGAAAAGCCAUCCAUCCGUCAUCUAUACCCGCUGAUCCGAGUCGU